AUGCGCAACGUCCUGCGCCGCGGUGGCGCCGCGGCCUUGGCCGCGUCGGUCGCGGCGGCGGCGGCCUACUGGCUGCGCCGCCGCCGCCGCCGCCGAGGCCUCCGGAGCGAUGCGGCGCCUCGGCCGCCGGAAGGCGAGACCUGGCUCGUCUUCGAGAUCAACGCCAGACGGUCGCAGCCCAUCCUGAUCCGCCGGGGCGCCGACUUCGACUCGGAGGUCGUCGCGGAGCUGCGCGCGCUCCGGGGCCGCCAGCGCUGCCGCGUCGUGAGGCCCGUCGAGGGCUGGGCGUCGGUGACGACGUCGCGCGGGCGGCCGAUCCUCGUCGCGCGGCCCGACGUCGACUUCCUGGACGUCUCGCCCCUGGCGCCGGAGCCCGGGUCGCCGUCGUCGUCGUCGUCGUCGGACGACGACGACGGCCGGUACGGCCGCUACGAGGACGGCUUCGUGGAGGCGAGCGCGGGCCACUGGUACGACCGGGCCGCGCCCGCCGCCGCGGACGACGCGGGCGACGCGGAGGCCGUCGACGAGGACGCGGGCCUCUUCGUCGUCCCGGCCUUCGAGCCGCCGCCGUACGUGGCCCGCGAAAGCCGCAGGCUCGAGAGCUGGCCCGCGCGGGAGCGGCGGACGCUCUUCGCGCAUCUGGCGGCCCGGGACCUCGCGCGCCUCUGCGCCUGCGCGCGGCACAGCGCGCGGCACCUCGCGCGCGUCGUCUUCGAGGACCGCGCCGCGGAGCUCGACCGCCUCGGCCGGGCGCCCGCGUUCCUGCGGCUCGCCGCGGUCCGAGGCGGCGAGGCGACGCCCGUGCGGUGCACGCGCGCGGCCUGGGCGCCGGACCUCGAGGCGUCGUUCGCGGCCGGGGCGGAGCUCGCGGUGGCGACGGCGGACCCGGACACGGGCGGCGACUUCGAGAACGACGACGUCGGCGGCGCCGCGCUACUCGUCCGCCGCGGCGGCGGCAUCAGCUUCGAGGACAAGGCCGCGCGCGCGUCCGAGGCCGGCGCGGGGCUCUGCAUCAUCGCCAACGACGAGGACGGCGACGGCUUGAUCCGCAUGGCGCGCGGCGACGGGUCCCGGCCCGUCGGCUGCCCCGUCGUCUUCGUCUCGAAAGCCGGCGGCGACGCGCUCCGCGGCGCGCGCGUCCGCCUCGACGCCGUCGAGCUCGGCCGCGCGGGCGCGACGGGGCGCCGCGAGGGCGGCGGCCUGGCGUCGAACUUGGAGACCGUGCACCCGGGCCCGCUCUUCGUGCGCAAGGUCGCGGUCCUCGAGCAGAAGCGCGCGCUCCUCGCCGUCGGCGCCGCGGCGAGCGCGCUCGGCUGGAAGGAGGACCUCCUCCCCGCGGGCGCCUGGCCGGGGCUCAAGAACGCGGACGCGCCGACCGACGACACCGCGCGCGACGCGCUCGCGCUGCGCGUCGUCGCGCUGGACCUCGGCGACGCGCUCCGCGACGCGGCCGUCGACGCGGCCGCGGCCGCGGUCGAGCGCCGCGCGGCGAGCCUGGACCUCGCGGGCCGGGGGCUGGGCGCCUGGGACGCGGCACUCCUCGCGGCGGUCCUCGGCGGCCGCGGCGCGCCCCUCGCGAGCCUCGACGCCUCGGCGAACAAGCUCUGCGGCGUCGACGUCCGCGGCGACGGCGCCUUCGCCCCGGGCGGCCUCGCGGCGCUGCUCCGCGUCUGCGGGACGCGGCCCGCGAUCGCGGCGUCGCUCACGGCCCUGUCGCUCUGGGGCAACGAGCUCCGCGCGGCCGGCGGCGCGGCGCUCGGAACGCUCGUCGCGGCGUCGGCGAGCCUCACGUGGCUCGACGCGCGCGACUGCGCCCUCGGCGACGCGGGCGUCGCGCCCCUGGCGGCCGCGCUGGGGGCGACGACGUCGCUGACGUGGCUGAACCUGCGGGAGAACGGCCUCGGCGACGCGGGCGGCUUCGCGCUCAGGGACGCGCUCCUCCGCAACGCGACUCUGACGCGCGUCGACCUCGUCCACAACCCGGCCAUGACCGCCGCGAGCGUCCGGGGCCUCUCGGCGCCGGAGCUCCGCAACGUCGCGACGCUCGUCCACGACCUCGUGCCGCCGUCGCCGCUCCGGGCCGCGCGGCGGCGCCGGGCCCGCGCGGGCGCCGCCGCGCCGGAGCCCGCCGCCGACGACGGCUCCGACGGCGACGCGGGCUCCGACGGCGACGGCGGCGCCUCCGACGUCGACGAGAUCGACGCGUCGGGCAACGACCUCGGCGACGCGGGCGUCGUCGCGCUCUGCGAGGCCUUCAAGGACGCGGCCCACGAGCGCCUCGCGCGCCUGAGCCUCGAGGGCACGAACUUCGGGUCCCGGGGCGCGUGCGCUUUGGGCGCGGCGCUCGCGCGCUGGCUCCCGUCGCUGGAGACGCUCGCCCUGCCCGGGGACCUGCCCGUGGGGCUCAAGGGCGCGCGGACCCUCGGCGACGGCCUCGCGGCGCGCGCGCGGCCCCUGGCGACGCUCGACCUCCGCUUCGCCAAGGGGCCGGCGACGUCCCUGCCCGCGGCGGCGCUCCGCGACGGCGACGACGGCUUCGUCGACGUGAGCGACCGGCGCCUGGGCCCCGCGGCGGCGGUCGUCGUCGCGAUCCUCCUGGGCAAGAACGCGAGCGUCACGGCCGUGGACGCGAGCGGCAACGGGGAGCUCGCGGCGUCCGACGACGUCGCGAAGCGCUACGGCCUCGACGCGCUCCUCGGGCUGGCCAAGGCGAAGCGGCUCCGGGGGCUCGACCUGCUGCGGUCCCUGGGCUGCGCCGACGCGGCGGCGACCGCGGUCUCGGCCGCGCGCGCGGCGCUGAGCCUCUGCGGGGGCCACGCGCCCGGGCCCUUCGCGCUCCGGGGCUCGCGGCGGGGGCUCGACGACGGCGACGCGCUCCUCGCGGCGCACGAGCUCGCGCGCGCGGGCGGCAGCCUCACGGACCUGAACCUGGGCGGGAACCCGGCCGUCGGCCCGGACGGCGUCGCCGCGAUCGCGCGCGCGGCGCGCGUCCAGGCGCGGACGCCGUCGCCGCACAAGCUCACGCGCCUCGACCUCUCGCACGUCGACGUCGGCGGCGGCGCGUCGGCCAUCGCGGACGCGCUCCUCGCGGACCUCCACCUCACCGAGCUCAACCUGCGGUUCUCCAAGCUCGACAGCGCCGGCGCCGAGGACAUCGCCGAGUGCCUCGGCAUGGCGACGAAGCUCACGAAGCUCGACGUCUCCGCCAACGGCCUCUCGCCCGCGGCGAGGCGCGCGCUCGCGGACGCCGCGGACGCGAAUCCGAAGCUGCGCGUGCGCUUCUAA